AUGGGUGCUCCAAAAACAAGCCAAAACGACGAGACAAAGGAUGGAUCUUCAAGCGAGCCCCAACUAACGGAGCAUAUGGAAACUUCCACAGGCGUUGACUCUUGUUUGCAUGGGAAGGGCAAGUCCGAUCCCGAAGAAAGCGAAAGCGACGGAGAAGAUAGUGAUUCAGGUUGGGAUAAGGAUAGCUUCGAUGGCCUUGAAUUCGAUCCCUCUGAUUAUCGUAUGCAUUCGUCGGACUCGGACGAGGAAUUAUAUCAACAAGCCUUGAAUCUUCGAAAAGCGUCCAUCGAAACCAAGGGUUUCUUUGAGCCAUCGCAAGAUUUCCCCCGUCACGUUUGGAGUGGAAUUGUUUGCGUCUCAGAUCAUGAUAUUGAAGAAGAAAUUAAGAAAGGCAUUACCGGUCGUGAGUUCAUGGGAAACAUGGCAUCUGAAUGUGUUGCAAAAUAUAACAAACGCAAGUACAUAGACCAAAAUUCCUCCGAAGAGUUAAAUCUUUAG